AUGCUAUCAGGGCUCAUGUAUUUGGUUAUGCUUAUGUCUAUGCCUUGUUUUAUGGCUGGACGAUGCUUAACCAAACCCCCAACUGAUCCAGACGGUAUAGGGUGGAUGGAAGCAGCUGAGUUGUUAAAGAAAAAAGAAAGAGGAGGUCCAGACGAUUACACACUGUUAAUUAACAGAGGAAAGAGAAGCGGUGCGACAAAAUUCUCAGUGAACAUGCAAGAAGCCGCUUUGGAUAGAGAAUCCGCCUUCAAAUUCUCCGAUCUCGAUCUCGGGAUGAAUCGAAACGAGAUUGAGGUAAACAACUGA